AUGGGGGUCGCCGAUCCCACAGUUGGCGAAAAAAUGCCGGACAGUGAGCUGUAUUUUAGCGACUCGGACGACUACGAUACUGAUGAUUCUAUUUACGACGAGGAAGAAGAUCUCGGACGACAGCUAAAAGAUAUUCUUCAAAAUGUCGGUACUGGAGGAGAUUUUUCCGCAUCGUAUGUCAACGAGGUCCAGCAAUGGAGAGAUGAGGCCGCUGUCGCCUGUCUCGACGCUCACAAUGAAAAACGAGCUCUUCACGAGGACACAAACCCCCUGAAGCUCUGCAACAUCCUCACGGAGCAAGCGCAAAAGGCCGUCGAUUAUCUCGCGCAGAAUGAUAUAUUCGACCACUUGGAUAUGUUUAUGGACUCGCCUUACCAGCGCAGCGGCGAGAACCUCUACUGCUCUUGGGGUGGAAACUACAACAACGCUGAUGCGUACAAAAAAAACGGUGUAAAUGCGUUGACAAGCUGGUACAAGGAGAUCAAGAACUACGACUAUGCAACUCAAAAAAAGAUCGAUCCUGCAGGUUGCGCGAUCGGCCAUUUCACCCAGGCUGUUUGGGCGAAGACGACGAAAGUCGGCUUCGGAAUCGCCGUGUCUCCGAAAGGCAAGAUGUUCGUUUUAUGCCGAUAUUUCCCCGCUGGCAACAUCACCAAUGCUGGAUACUUCGCCGCUAAUGUCAAGGCACUCGCUAGCGCUCCAUCCGCUCCGCCAGCAGCGCCGCAAAAGUCUGAGGAAGAGCUCAAGGCUGAGAGGUUAGCACGUAGGGAAUGCAAUCGCGAGAAACGCCAGGCGCAAAAAUGCGCGAAAAUGCUUGCAAAAGAAGCCGCUCAAAAGGAGAAGGACGCCAAAGAAGCGGAAAAAGCUGCUGCUGAGUUCAAAGCGGACGCCGUUGCUCCCGUAUCUGGAUCGAUCAAUUUGCAAGCGGAAAGUUUCUUCCAGCAAAUCUCAUCUGGCAACUGGUUCGUCAAGAUGUACUCGCCUUACUGUCCACCCUGCAAGCAAAUGGCUCCUGAUUGGGAAACUCUUGCUGACAAUCUACGUGCUGAAGGAUAUCUGACCAACAUUGGUUCUUUGGACUGUUCAAAAUACAGCGGAGCGUUGUGCGAGGUAAUCAGCAAGACCGGCCUCCGAUACUUUCCAUCGCUGUUCAUCUUCAAAGACGGCGAAAAGGUCGGUGACCAUGGAAUGAGAUCUCGAAGCUUAGAAUCUUUGACUGCUGCAGUGAAAAAAGCCUUUCCUGAAGAUGCACCUCGCCCUAAAGCUGAAUCAACUGAUGCUGGAGCAGGGUGCUCUGCUAAAAAUGAUCCAGCGCCAGCUACAUGUGCUCCCGGAGAUCCCUCUUGCAACGCCAUCCAUAACGGAUUCAAGGAGAACCCGCUUAAAGACCGAGUUAUGACUUCCUCAACAUUAUGUGAGAUAAAGGACAAAGUAGGAGCCAGAUAUAUGAGAGACGGUUUGAUCAAGUGGGAGCACGACGAUACAGUCGGUUACGAGAAGCUUCAAAUAAGCAGAGUCAAGGAUAUCUACAUGGCCGUCAAACUCGAUGUCAAAAAGACCAGAGGCCAGAUCUAUUACAAGAUGAAAAUCAACGACGCCAUCAACAUCAACAACGUGAAGCCCUCAAUUUUCGUAUUAUCUUGGACAACAAACAAAACUCUCGGGAGAGGCUACGUCAAGUACGACGAAGUCGACUUUGUCCCAGGAAAAUGGGUUUGGGUCAGAGUUGGGGCCAACGCAAACAACUCGGAUCCGCUUUACGUAGAAGUGGACGGAGAGGAUACUCUUUCGAUUCAGUGGAACAGUUGGAAUAACGCCGAAUUCCGAGAUAUGGCUUGGGGAGGCGUCGCAGUUGUCGAAGAUGAAAAAGCGCCACCAGCAGCGAAGCCCGAGCCAUCUUGCGACCCGAGCGAUCCAAAGUGCAAUGCGAAAGAUGCCAAAUCAGCUAAUGCUGACUGUGCUAAUGGAGCAUGCGCUCUCACUGGCGAAUGCGACCCUAACGAUCCUGAUUGCAUCGAAGAAGCUGCUGAUGCCAAAUCCGGAGUUAUUCGAUUUAAAGAUGUAAAUAAAAAACCUGUCAUUGUUCUUCGAAAAGAGCACAGUCCUGACGUCGAUGCGCCUAUCUUGAAAAUCAUGAGAGCCCUCGAUCAAUACAAAGUGUCGAUCGAAGUUUUCUGGAAACCAUCUUACUCACGAGGAUGGAAAACGGUUGCUUCGUUGAACGACGAGUUCCCUGGAGCCACUGGCUAUUGGUGGUCAAUUUACGAAAGCCCAAAUAACUCCCACAUCAACCUCACCAGAGAUAAACCCGGAAAAGGAGGUCACAAAAGCACCACUACGAAUAAGAGUCUCAAAUUCGACGACUGGAACUUGAUCGAGUUCGUUCAAACCAAAACUAGCGACAAUUCUUACAAACAGGUCUGGCUCAUCAACGGCGAAGAAGUCGAGAACCACCCUAUCGUUGGAGCAGGACCAAAACCCUGGCAAGGUCUCGUCCAAGCUCGACUUAGAUGUAUAUCGUACGCUCCUGCUACUCAAAUGAAAGUACGAAACUGGGUCUACUCAAAACUCUAA